UCUCCCUUUAAUUUGUGUUGAGCUGUUUUCUUCCCAACUCUUUCCUCCGUUUCUGCAUAUAUCAAUCCAAAAUCGUGACGGCAAGUUCCCUUACCAUUGACUUCACCAUGGCAUACCCAAUUUCACAUUCCCUUUCAAACUUAAUUGCCUAAUAUUUUUGGUGCAUAAAUAGCUAUAUAAACCUCAAACAAAUCUACAAAACUUCUUUUGCGUUCCAAUCAUAUAUAGUACUCUCGUGUUAUAUGACGUAUAUUUUUUUCAAAUUAGAUUGGUUUGUUGUCACAAUCUCUUCAUCAUCAUCACUUCAACAAUGGCAACGAAUCUCUUGAUUUUCACAUCGAAAUCCAAAACCCAAAAGGCCAUUUCCAUUUCCUUCAUCGCAUUAUUGACACUAUUCCCAACCCUAGUCUUUGGAGACGACUCAUGCGGUACUGGAGCUGAAGAUCAUAACAAGGGUUUGGCCCUGAAAUACAAAUACAGCGCCAUAGCUUCAAUCUUCCUUGCCAGUUUGAUCGGCGUUUGCAUUCCCAUCCUAGGUAAAAACACCGUUCCGGCUCUCAGCACGGAAAGCAACCUUUUUUUCGUCGUCAAAUCUUUCGCGGCCGGGGUGAUUCUGGCCACCGGAUUCAUUCACGUACUUCCGGAUGCAUUCGAGAGUCUGACUUCCCCUUGUCUUCCGGAGAAUCCUUGGGGGAAUUUCCCGUUUACGGGGUUCGUGGCCAUGGUUGCCAGUAUUGGGACGCUUAUGGUUGAUGUGUACGCGACUUCUCAUUACCGGAAUAAGUCCGGUGAGAAGAGUAAUCAGGCGGUGGUUGCGGUGGCGGAAGAUGCCGAUGGAGUUGUUCUUCCGCUUCAUACGCAUGCCACUCAUGGCCAUGCACAUGGCUCCGUUCCAGCUGAUUCUGUCACUACUCAACUUCGAUAUCGUGUAAUAUCACAGGUUCUGGAGUUGGGAAUUAUCGUGCAUUCAGUCAUCAUUGGUAUUGCUUUAGGCGCAAAUAAUAGUCCUAAAACAAUUAAACCCUUAUUAGCAGCAUUGACAUUUCACCAGUUCUUCGAGGGUAUUGGCCUUGGUGGUUGCAUCACUCAGGCAAAAUUCAAGGUGCAAGCCAUUGUAGUGAUGGCAAUAUUUUUCUCAUUGACAACACCAGUUGGGAUUGCAAUUGGGAUUGGAAUAGCCAAUGUCUACAAUGAGAAAAGCCCUAAUGCUUUGAUUGUGCAAGGAGUAUUUGAUUCAGCAUCAGCUGGUAUUCUUAUUUACAUGGCAUUGGUGGACCUUCUCUCAGCUGAUUUCAUGAACCCAAAGCUCCAAAAUAAUGGGAAACUUCAAAUUGGAUGCAACAUUUCUCUUCUUUUUGGUGCUGGCUGGUUCUGUGUGAUACUGGAACUAUUUAAGUCUUCGGUCUUAAGCUUUUCCGCAACUACAAUAAAGAUUUAUAUCAAUUUUUAUUGAGUGGGUAAGUCUUGCAUAAAUUUUUUUUUUCAUUUUUUAUUAGUAAUUUAAUUACAUCUUUUUGUUACAGCAAAAUGAUGAAGCAACACAACUAUACCUCAUUUAGUUUGAUCUUACGCCCUUUACUCCAGACAUCAGCG